CCUAAACCAUAAGCUGCAGCCUGCACCGCCAAUGAGGUACUGUUAUUACUAUUAUCGACUUUUCUGGAGAUCUGUCCUCACCAGUUUUUCGCCAUGAAUAAAGCCUCUAGCGAGUACCAUGGUCUUUAUCAAAGUUUCCAGGAAGGUUGCCACCUUGUCUAACAAGGUUUUUCUACGACGACCCCCUUCCAGAAGUCUUACGCCCACACAACUAUAUAUAAUAUAACCUCCAACAUCUCCUUGUAUGAACUGCCCAAUCCAUCCUAGAUGCAGGAUUCCAAUGGGGAAGACACCAACAAACACCACUUCAGCUGGGCACCUAUUAGUGUUCAAAAUCAAUAUAUGUUUCUGGCUCUUCCAGCUUUUCAUCCAACCCCUAGUCAACUUUGCGUCCACUGGAUGGAAGGUUUGGACCAAGGCAAAAAGCCCGGAUCCUGACCCAGUGCUCGGCCCGCAGCAUGACACAGGGCAUAAUAGGAAACUAAAAGGAGGAGAAUUGAAGAUGGUAAUGGACAGAUUGGGAGUUACUUACCACUCUGAUGGAGAGAUGCUUGAGGAGGGACUUGUUGCAGAUGAGCUUCCACAACUGUUUGAGGAGGAGCCCAGCUUGGAGGAGGUGAAGAAGGCGUUCGAUGUGUUUGAUGAGAACAAAGACGGUUUCAUAGAUGAGACUGAGUUACAGAGGGUUCUAUGCUCCUUGGGCCUCAAGGAAGGAUCACAAGUAGAGGACUGCAGAAGGAUGAUCAAAGCUUUUGAUGAAGAUGACGAUGGGCAAAUUGAUUUUAAAGAGUUUGUCAAGUUUCUGGAAAAAAGUUUUUCUUAGCGUAUCAAUCCAUACGAAUGCAUCACUUGCCAAUUGCCAUUAGACCAAGUAUUUGCUCCCUCUAUAAUUUGCCAAUCCUUUAGUAAUGUUGGCGUGUAGAGGAAUAUUACUUCACAUUAUGUACAUGUUUUAAUUUUGCUACUAAUAAAAGGUCAUAUUUUGAAGUUAUACUGCUGAAAAAUAACAUUUCAAUAAGUUAGACCAAAA